AAUACUUUUAAAUCCCCGACCUUAGCAAAUUUUGGACGGAUGAGUCCCUCCGUGGAUUUGCCUCCGCCGGACCCAUCGGAGAAGUCUGAUCUGGCUCCCCUGAGGAUGACGUGGCACGCUUGGUUGACAGCUGGACUGCUGAGUAGAAAGUUCCCUUCGAAAAUUGGACAAUGAAGUCCCUGCACCACUAAACUACGUCGUUUUGCCACCCUACCCUAAUUCUUAAAUUGAUUGCCCUUGUUUCUGGAGGCCAGUGGUGAGGAGUUGGACGUGCAUCAACCAUGGCUGCUAAUGGAGCAUCAGCAACAUCGAGAAGAAGCCACAGGGGAGUAAGAGAGAAAGAUUCUGCCUCAAGCUCAGACCUUUAUGUUCUUUACGACGGAGACCCGAAGGACGAUGUCGCCCGGAGAUGCUUCUGUGGAGUUUAUGCGAUAAUGUAUAUGUCGAGGACGAUUAGGAACCCAAACAGAGUCUUCAUGGGUUGCCCAUUCUAUAAGGGAAACCAACCGCACUGCAAGUUUUUUCUUUGGGUGGAUGAGCAUUUGGCUAGAAUUGGAAGCAGUGGUUGCGUCUUUGAUAAAAGACCUGUGGUUGAGAAAGAGCCAGAAGUUGCUGAAGAGGAUGAGGGAUUCCAUCAUAGGAUUGCUAGACUGGUAGGUGUCUAG